GGCCUAUUAUAAAUUUUUGAGUAUAUUUACAAGUUUAAACUCAAAUCUUUGACCGCAUUUAAGGGUAAAAGCUGACUUGAACUUGUUGAAUAUAAAUGAAAUAUGACACUUAAAAAGAUUUUGUGGAAAGUGAAUUUAAUAAUAACCUUAUGUGAGUUAGUACUGUGGAUAGCUGCAUUUAUAGGAGACACGUGGUGGAUUAUUUAUGACAUUAAUGGAAGAAGAAACGUUGGAUUAUGGAAAACAUGUACACAAACAAAUGUUACCUUGGUGUGUAAAACAAGGAACAGUGUCUUAAAGUUUAAUGAAGAGCUUAACAAUGUGCAAACAAUGCGAACUACACUUUUAAAAGAACUGGAUUCUAUGAUUAUUGCUUUGCUAAUAUCGCUCACCUCCAUGUUACUGUCGAUAACAUCAUUGAUGUUCAUGCUAGUGCGCAGAAAAAAUCCUAACUCUUGGAGCUGCGGAGUAAUAUUAUUUUCUGCUUUUACUUUUAUUAACGCUUCAAUGUGUUUUUCAGCUGUAUUAUUUGCAGAAAUACGUUUUAAAGACAGAUUUAAAUCUCACAAACAUGGAUGGUCAAUUAUUCUUGUUUGGAUAAAAGUCUUUUUCUCGACUAUUUCUUUCAUAUGCUCAUUUGCAUUAUUUAGCGCUAAAAAAAAAAAUGAAUUUCAGAUUACCAACUAUACGCGAAAACCAAGGAGUCAAAAUGUCUUAGACAAUCUAGGAUACGUCCACGACGAUUAACAAAAAUAAAACGUUUAAUUAAAUAACAUCUAUGGACUCACUUACAAGAACAGUAUUGUAUUAACUAAUAAUAGAUAUAAAUUGCUAUAAAUUA